AUGCAGCUGUAUAUACAGAGCUUCCUUUCGUAUAGGCGCUUGCCAUGUAGUUGGCUGCUGCCAGGCGGGUCGCCGGUUCCCGGGUACUGCCGGGCAAACAGCACCUAUCGCAGAGUGCCGCUGCCACUUGGAGGCAUUACUGGCAGCGUAUACAACACGUUGCCGUAUAGCAACGAUGCUGAUUGCUCGGGAGAGGUGGUCGGAGGCGCGUGGGCGCUCAUUCAGCGUCGCGGACCCAAAAUUGUAAAGCCACGAGACACCAUACGCUUCUGGAAGAUACGAGUGGGCGACAAGGUUACCGUGAUAAGCGGCAAGGAGAAAGGGAAGUCGGGGGAGGUGCUAGCAUGCGACAAGUUGCGUAACCAGGUAAAGGUGAAGGGAUGCAACAUGGUGGGCGUUACGACGGUCUCUGAUAACACGACUCAGAGGAGGCUGGUAGUGGACGGUCAAGUGGCGCACAUCGAGAAGAAGAUCCACUACUCCAACGUACAGCUCGUGGAUCCGUUGCUGAACUGCGCGACCAGGGUGGCCAUCAGGUUCAGCGGAAGCAACGAGCCAUUGCGCGUUUCCAAGAAGUCGGGGUAUGUCAUCCCCUGGCCUGAAGAGAAACCCGACGAAGAAAAAGGUACCGCUGGUGAACGCCGCAUUCAUAGCGCCGCGCAGAAAUCAUCGAGGGCGAGAAGGACACCGCGCCUGAGGUUGCUCUGGAGCGCACGUACAACUACGAAGCGGACGUGCAGUCCAUGA